CCUGUUUGUAUAAGAAACAGAAGUACACAACAGAUAAACCAAGAAAUUUCACUUGCAAUAUGUCAAAAGUAAAAUCUUGUUACAAUUUACACAUAACCUCACGCCCAGCAUUUAGAAUUGUUAGGAUUUUGUAGUUUGAACUAUGUCUAAACCCGUGGAUCUAGAAUUAAAAAAAGCCUUCGUGGAAUUGCAAGUAAAAAUGGUCGAGACAAGUAAAAAAAUUCAAGUAAUUGACAGUCAAAUCGGGGUAUUAAAGAGAGUUUUGCAGCUCGCAGAUGUAACUCAGCGUGAAAUAAGCACUUUACCAUCUGGAACUAAAACUUAUGAAUCUGUCGGCAGAAUGUUUCUUUUAACAGAUUUAGAUGAAAUAAAAGGCAACUUGAAGAACAGAAUAUCACUUCUAACAAACCGCACCUCAGAAUUAGAGAAUAAUAAACAGUAUUUAGAGAAAAAUCUCAAAGAGAGUGAAGACAACAUCAGAGAAAUGGUACAACAACGAAAGGAACAAAAUGAAAUGAAGUCCACUUAACAUUCAGCUAAAUACAAUUUAUUUUCCUUUUUAAGCUACUUCUAAUAGUUUUUAACAAUAUGAAAUAAUAUUACAAUCAUUGAAUUAUCUAGUGAAUAUUCAUAAAUAAUUGUAUAUGUAUGUAAUUGA